AUGUCCGCAAUCAUCGGGACCAAUCAAUACAUUGACUCUUUCGACAACUCACAUGGAGUGCGCCAGGGUGCCAUCAACUCCGCACUUGCAGUCAGCUCUGUGGUAGGGUCCAUCAUGGCAGGUUCCAUUUCCGACAAAAUAGGUCGCAGAGAUUCCAUUAUGCUUGCCUGUCUUUGGUGGCUUGUGGGCACAGCAGUCCAGGCUGGCGCAAAUUCAUCCACAAUGGCAUGUGGCAACCUCCUAAUGUACGGCGCUAUCGGCAUGGCAAUCUGCCAUCUCGUCGUCGGGGGCGUCCUCUCAUCAGGCGAAUACGUCCCCGACGGCGUCGACGGAAGCCUUAACGUCCUGAUCCGCGCUCGUGGAUCCAAAUCCCAUACUGUAAUUCCCUUUUCCUACUUACUGAUCAUCAUAUACGCCUUAAUCUGGUCUCUGGAGACUCGUGCAUCGGGCAUGUGGUUCAUCUUUCUGACAAACUAUAGACGUCCCGAGACAUGCGGCAAGACCAUUGAGGAAGUCGAGAAACUGUUCAGCAAAGGAGGACCAAAGGCGUGGCACACUAAGCCUGGACACUCGAAAAUGGAUGGUCUUAUUGAAGAGGCCAGAGGACAGAAGCUGCAUGUGACAAACCUUGGACUGAAGGCGGAUGAGACAAAAGUGGAGGAGGAUGCUGCCCCGCCAAAUUCCACUGCCCCGCAGUAAUCAUUUCAAAGAAGUCAGGAUAAGGAUGACGGUAGUACCGGAAUCCUGGG